AUGCUGAGUGAAGCAGGAGCUCUCAGUCCCCAACAUGAAAUCAAAUGUUGCGAACAUUUCAACGACGGUGGUGGGUUGCAUCGUCUGUCUAUCCUCGGACGCAUACAAUGGCGUCAACAAAGUCGGCCGGGUGCAGGCUACAGCGUUUACGGUCUGUGUGAAAGCAGUUCCACCGCAGAGAGGGAUGAAUUUUGGCUCUUCGGUCCGUUAAUUCCACUGGGUGAAGCUCUCAGUGUUCACGUGCAAGUGAACUUCAUGCUGCGUAGUUGUGCUGAUCGUGAAAUUGUUGAUGGUCGAGGAGGCGCCUGUCGUGAGAAUUUCGACGUCUUUUUGCAACAGGAGGCUCUACGAAGUGACAUGGAUGUGGCCGAUAUACCACAAACAGAGUCAUUUAAAAAACUGGCGACAAUUUCCUCGGAUCGGAAGUGGAGCUCCACGUAUCCCUCAGAGGACACUGCGGUAACAAGUUGGUUAAUUCGCUUUCGACCCCAGACCGAGCGUAAGGCAGCAACGAUUGCAACAAAGGUGGCAACACAUUCCUCCAAUGGGUGGAUGCGUCUUGCCAUUCGUGAUCAAGGCGCCUGUCUAAUGCUCGACCGCAUUCGAAUCUACUACCUCACUUGUCCAGCUUGGCAGCUUUUUUGGGUUGUGUCCAAGUCCACUGGGUCUGCAGACGAUUUGGAAAUGCACGUAGUUAACUUGUGA